AUGAUGAGAAAAUAUACGAAGAGGAGAGACAUUGUGAGGCCGGGUGUUACUAGAUUUGUGACCGCCUUCUUGACUUUACAAAGCUUGAUGGAAAAGAAACAAGAAUUGCGGGCAAUGUUUAGCAGUGAUACAUGGGACAAGAGUAAAUGGUCUAAGAGCGCAAAAGGGAAAGUGGCAUAUGCUACUGUGAUGAGUAUGACAUUUUACAAUGGUGUAAGCUUAUGCUUGAAAGCGUUUGGUCUGUUGGUGAUGGUUCUUCGACUUGAUGCGCAUCGGAAGCCCUCAAUGGGUUUUGUAUAUGGAGAGCUCAAAAAAGCAAAAGAAGAGAUCAAAGAGGCAUACAAGCAAGUUGAGACUAACUACCGGCCAAUACUAGAUGUCAUUGAUGGGAAAGCCAAGGAUCGGCUAGAUAGUGCAUUGCAUUUGACGACUUACUUUUUGAAUCCUUUUUACUUCUACAAAGAUUUUAUCAUUCGAGAUGAUCCUAUCAUUAUAGAUGGGGUUCUUACUUGUGUUGAAGCUUUCUUUCCCGAUGAUGUCAACGUUCAAGAUGAAGUCAUAAAUAGAGAGUUGUUGAAGUACAAGAACAAAGAUGGUGGAUUUGGAAGACCAUUAGCCACAAUGGGAUGUGCAACAAACAAUGACUCUUAUGAUCCGGAAUGGGGAAGGAUGUAUUACGUGAAAGUGAAGCAACAAAUGCACAAGGAUGGAUUGUUGAAGGUGGUGACGAAGAAGACCCAGUUUCAGGACUUGCAUGGGAGACGAUUGGGGAAGCUACGGAAGCGGAUGAAGUCCUUUAACCUAGAAGAAGUACUAGAAAUGUUGGAGUACGAGAGCUACAUGAGGAAGAUUUUGUGUGGGAAGAUGAUACGAAGAGGACGUAGAUGA